AUGUCCCGCGAAGAACAGCAACAACUUCUCGACGACGAUGGUGAGGCUGCCGACGACGAUGGAUGCUAUCCGCCUCGUAAGGACAGCAUACCUUGGCAACCCAAUCCUCAUAGGCAAUUACCUAUCUACACGACCAUUCAUCGCAUAAGAAGACUCGUGAUUGCAUGCAUUGAUGUAGAUGAUCCUUACAGUCUCGAUCAGCUCAAGAGUCCUCGUAUGAACACUGCUGUUGUACGACCUCUGCUUGAUCAUCUCUACGACCCAGACGACGUAUCAAUUGUCUGGUGUCUGCUGGUCAAUCGGGUGCAAUUCCUGCGUCAACAAUCAUUUCAAGCUCAUCACCAAACUGUCAACAUCACUCGUGCCAAUUUGUGCGAGGUCCUGGCCAGUCGAAUUUUGCGCCGAUUUGACGAGGAUCACAGCGGCCGCGAAGGACUUUUGACGCUUGCUAACGUCUUGGUGUCUGGAUUCGAGCCAUUCCAGAAUGCUCCUCCCUCAGUCGACACAGGUAGGAAGCCUCGCUCUGCGCUUACUGAAGGCUUCUUCACAUCAGGUCGCGACCGAGUCUUGACAGCGCUCGAGGUGGCUAUUAUCUCCGAGUCGAAGAGCUUUUUGGCAGCAUCUGCAUGCCAGAAGAUCGUCGAUGCUGUCUACAGAGGCCGUAUCAUUUAUACCCCAACUGCCUUCAUCGAUAUUCUGCCAGACCGUUACAAGAACCGCCGAAUCUCUCUUUACGACCCUCGCAAAGCACCGAUUCUCAAUCAGUAUCGUCUGAUUGUUCCUCGUAACCGCAAGGUUAUCGAGAUCGUCCAAUUCCUCAUACUGUUCGGCUUGUAUCUGCUAACUAUGUUCAAUAAGGCCGAGGAGAUAGGACCCGGUCAUUUGCAAUUCACAACGGUAGAACUUAUUUUCUGUGUUUACGGUAGCGGUUGGGUGCUCGAAGAACUCGCGUCUGUCCUGGAACACGGAUGGUCGGUGCAUACUGAGAACUUGUGGGCUUUCAUGGACAUUGCCUUUUCUCUGAUCUAUCUGGCUUACUUCGGACUUCGCAUGCAUGGCUUAAGGACCAACUCCGGACACACGGGUAAACAAGCCCUUGACAUUCUUUCCUUGGGAGCUCCAAUCCUGAUGCCGAGACUUGCAUUCUGCCUCAUGCCUGAGAAUAUGCUGUUCAUCGCGCUGCGAACCAUGAUGGGAGAUUUCACUUUCCUGACGAUAGUCACGGUAUGGUGCUUUGGCGGCUUCCUGCUCGCCAUGCGCUGGCUCAGCGAGAGUCAAGAUGGCUAUGCGUCACACAGCUUCCUCGUUAUUUCCAAAUGGAUGCUGUGGAUCUGGUUUGGACUUGAUGGCACCGGCAUCACCAAAUCCGUCGAGUUCCACAGCUGGUUAGGACCAACGCUCAUGAUACUUUUCGCCUUCAUUGGUAACACCCUCUUUUUGACCAUUCUGGUAUCAAUGCUCAGCAAUACCUACUCCAACCUCGCAAAGAACUCCACAGCCGAAAUCCAGUUCAGACGAGCAGUCUUGACUUUUGAAGGCGUCAAGUCAGAUACACUCUUCGCUUUCCGCCCUCCCUUCAACGUCGCCGCGUUGGUCAUUCUCCUCCCAAUUAAGUUCCUGACCACGCCCCGCUGGUUCCACAAAGUGAACGUUACAGCAGUACGCGUCCUCAACGCACCCCUUUUACUCGCGAUCGCCCUGUAUGAACGCAGAUACCUCUGGCAACGCAGCUCUAAACUCGGACCACGACGUCGACAUGCUUUCCUCGAUUUCUGGGAGAGCUUUGGUGCACAUGCGGAUCUGGCAGCUGUUUUCGAUGAGGAGCCACCACAGAGCGUGUUGGAUGAGAUGGAUGAUAUUGAUGAUGUGUUUGGAAAUGACGUCUGGGCGAAUGGGUAUCUGAAUACCAUCAGGCAGAGAAGAGGCAGCAGGCAGAUCAGCGAGACCAGUUCUGCGUAUCCGGUGUUUAGGAAUAGAAGGUCGAGAGGCGACAGCUUGAUCCCUGCCGAGACUUGGUAG